AUGAGUGUUGUCUUGCAGGAUAUUGUGUGUUCUGUCAAUGUCCAACAUAACUGCAUCGAUUCACAUUGCACCGACACUGCUCAGCAACCCAUAUAUCAAGAACGGACCAUAACAUCUCGCUCAAGGCCCAUCAUUCAACACAAGCCGACCCCACACUACCUCCUCAAUGUAUACUCUGUUCAUAACUACGACUACAUCAAUCUUGUUAUGCCCGAUACCCUUUGUGAGACACCACUGAGAGUGACCAAUGUGGCCGAAGUUCGAGCAUUGGCAGUGCGGCAAAUGUGGGAGAAGUGGAGCAGCCAAAAAAAUCCGGAAAUAUACCUCAACAAGGAAGAGGGUGAAACACAUUGA